CAAGAAUAAUAAUUCUAAAAAAGUUGCAUCUGGAACACUGCAUGAAGAAACAGAUGAAAAAUAAGAAAGCAAAACAGAAGAGUUAACAAAAUAUAGAAAACCAAACAAAAGAAAUCCAAAAAGUGACAAAGAAACAUAUGCGGCUGUAGAAAAGCAAAUGAACGAGUUAACGAAGCGACCGAAUUUAAUGAAUUCGACGGGCGACACCGAAUGCCAUCGUAUUGUAAUCAUCGCUGUUGAGCUCGAUUGUUAGAAGAAAAUUAUAAAGAUUUUUUGCCACAGUACAGACAUUUUUACUUGAAGAAAUACAUGGAGUGUAAUUUACUGGAUAUAUAAUUAAAACAAAAACAUAAAAUAGUUCCUUAUGUUGGUGGGUUGGACGGGAUCGCUGAAUCUAAAUGCGCUAAAAUUGAAUUGGAAAAUUAACACUUCUAUACAGAGAACUCGUAUCAAGGCUAAUCGACGGAGCAAAGAAUAUUUUCCCAAUAAACUUUAAGCAAUUGUGUGCACCUUAAUCGCUAAAGGGAGAAAUACGCAAGAAUAGCUUCAAAAUGUGGAUAAAGCCAAAAGAAAUGCUUAUGCCACCAGCAUUUUGGAUUGACGAAAUGCAGUCGAAAUAUUUUGUGCUACAGAAACGGCGUGGCCACGGAGAAACGCGUAGCUUCACCUCACUCUUGGUUAAUACAUUAGAUAGUGUUUGGGACACAAAGCCGCCACCAUAUCGCAUCUUACAUCAGACGCCAAAUUCGGAAGUGUACUACGAAAUUGCGAUUGGAUUGACGCAAGAAGAGAUCGUUAAAGAUUGGGAAUGGCUGGCAGAGCACCUUUUCAAAGUUCUCAAUGAAAUGGAGAGUGAAGAAGAGAUCACCAACUUUACCAUCUGUAAAAUUCAAUCUCUUAAUGCACAAAAUAAUAAAGAUGAAUCGGAUGAAUCGGCCAAUUUCAAGGUGGCGGCAUCGAAAUUCCAGCAACUUUUCGAAAUGCCGAAAGAAGAGCGUUUAGUUAAUACGUAUGCCUGCACUUAUGUCAAGAAUAAAAUACCACAUCAAGGCAACUUAUACAUUUCGUUAAAUCACAUCUGCUUUUAUUCAUAUAUUUUGGGGAGUCAAACAAAGCGUGUAAUCCGAUUUGCGGAGUUGGAAGAUAUUCAGAAAUAUGGACAAAUUUUAUAUUUAAAAACGGUUAAUAAUAUGGACUAUAAUUUUACCUUGAUAAAAGAUGUUAAGGAGGCCCAUGGACUGAUUGAGCAGCUUAGCAAGAUGGCUAUACAGCAAAGAAUACAGGAUCCUGAUAGCCCAAUCGUUGAUCAUGAUGCAUCAGCUUUUCAUCGUUUGGGACGCAAAACAUCAAAUAAACCUGGACUUUUACGUGAUUUGACAGCUCGCCAGAAAUCUGAAGAGUAUCGCAGCUAUUUUCGUCUACCCCAGACCGAAAUUAUUGAUGGCCAAAUAAAGGCCAAUAUUUGGACACCGUAUUCAAAGCGCUAUGUUGGUGGAAACAUUUACUUGUCUAGGAACUUCUUUUGCUUCCGCAGUGACGUACCCGACCUGGUCAGCCUGGUCAUUCCAAUGCGUAAUAUUAAAAGUGUAGAACAGAAAAAUGAUGGACCACAUCGAUAUGAUAAUCAAAUUGUCCUACAUACAGCAGAAAAUGUUCACUUUGUCUUCGCACAAAUUGUCGACCGUGAAGUGUUGGUAGAAAAGAUUAGCGAACUGCUGUCGCAAUUUCAUGUCCCUCUUAGUCGCGAGCGUGCAAAGUAUGACAUAUCCUGGAGCAAACAGACAGCCUUAAUGAAUUCAUUCAAGACUAAUUUAAGUGAAGAAAUGUUGAAGAUACAAGAGCAGAAGCUGUCACGCUGGGAGUCACACUUCCGUGAUUUUGGGCGCGGUACUUCUAUGUUUCGUACAACAGAAGUUAUCAAUUUGAUUGUAGAAGGCAUUCCAGAUAAAUUGCGGCAAGAGAUUUGGCUAAUGUUUUCUGGUGCAAUACAUGAGAAGGAAAUGAACCCUGGGCUCUAUGAAGAUCUGGUGGAGAAAGCUGCGUGCAUUAAGCUAUCCUCUACGCACGAAGAAAUCGACCGCGACCUUCAUCGGUCGCUUCCAGAACAUCCAGCGUUUCAGCAUGCGGAUGGUAUAGGCGCUUUGAGACGCGUUUUGCAAGCAUACGCAUUACGCAAUCCACAAGUGGGUUAUUGUCAGUCAAUGAAUAUCGUAUCUUCAGUAUUUCUGCUAUUUUGCGAUGAGGAAAAUGCGUUCUGGUUGCUGGCAAGCCUUUGUGAAAAUUUGCUACCUGACUACUACAAAGACAAAGUUGUAGGUGCACAAAUCGAUCAGAGUGUAUUAAAUGAGCUCGUUGAGACAUAUUUGCCCGAGUUGCACAGUCAUUUGGAGCAGUUGGGUAUAAUUCGUAUGAUCUCAAUAUCAUGGCUUUUAACCAUUUUCAUAAGUGUAAUUUCCUAUGAAAGCUCAUUACAUAUAAUCGAUUGUUUCUUCUACGAUGGUGCCAAGAUAAUUUUUGUGAUCGCACUGCAAAUUCUGGAAUGGAAUUGCGAAAGGCUACUCAAAUGCAAUGACGACGGAGAAGCCAUGGAGUUGCUUUCUAAUUUUUUAGACGGAAUUUACAAUCCACAAUAUCAGCUACCAUCACCAUUUGAUAAGCGAAAAGCUAAAAUACAACCUGUGCAAACGCUCAUCCAUGACGCGUACACGAAAUUCGGCUCUAAAAUCUCUCAACAGAAAAUCGAAGAAUUAAGAAAUAAACAUCGACGUCUCACCAUUCGUCAAUUCGAUAUUGAUAAUGAGAAUACGAUUGUAAAAUUCCACACAGAUAAUAUGUAUUUCGACAAAGAGGAACUCCAUCUACUUCUCACCAUUAUACGAGAGGAAAAGUCAACUCCACGCAAAGUUUUACAGCAAAAAGCGCACUCUGCACUUGGCGGGGAAUCGCCAAUAGUGUUACCGGCAACGGGAGGUGUUGGCUAUGCGGAUGGGCAUUCUAGCCGAUCUGAAUCGUACAGCGUUGAUUUUGAAACAUUCCGUGCACUAUUCCACGAGCUGACGCCAUGGCGCAACUGCGUGAGCAUCGAUUUAGCCGAGAAAUUGUUUAGGCUGACAGACAAGAAAAGUACAGGUGCGAUUCAAUUCUCCCAAAUUAUAAAUGCAUUGGGUUUGGUAUGUUCUUGCAAAUACACAGAAAAGCUUAAACUGCUUUACAUAUUGCACCUGCCACCAUUGCUUUCGAAGGCUGAGAUUGAACAGGUCCGCCGUCCAAAAUCGAAGGCCAAAGAAGAUGCUGAGGAGGCCAUUGAAGCUGAGGACUUCUUCGGCGAUGAUCCAUCCGAAUCGAUCGAAGCACUCCCGUCGCCUACAGAUAACAACUUCGACGAUGACGAAUAUGCGCUCAUUACAGCUACGAAGCAUUUGCAUUGUUUGGCAGGCCUUUCGCAGCCGUCAUCAUCAUCGGGUAUAGCUGGGGCAAUUAAUGGAGAACGUUCAUCAACAUUCUAUGUCGAUCUGCCACGUCAACAUGUUGCUCCCAUGGAAGUGGCGCGUUCGCAGAAUGGAGCAACGGGCAGCAGCACUUCGGAUCUUAUUGGCAAUGCCUUACGUCAUCAAGGACGUUUCGAAUCGACUGACACAUUUUCGGAUAUUUCCGAUUUGGGUGCUGCUAAAGUGACACCCCCUCAAUUAAAUGUGGAGACUAUUUCAAAUUUUUCCCAAAUAAGUGAUUUGAUAAUGGCUACAAGAGUAGAUCGCGCUGACUCAUCGACGGACACAAAAAGUUUGGGUAGUUUAAGGCAUUUGCUUGAUCAACCUGAUGAUGGAAAUGCGCCCAAUAAGAAUAUACCCAACAUGAAAAAAGCAAACUUCCAAUUCUUAUGGAGAUCGCUUGUGGAAAUAAUAGGACAACAAGACGAAGAUAUGCGCAAAGCAUAUGAAAAUCUUCUGGAACUUGGUAACAACAAUAUGAGGAAAGAGAUCAGCUUGGAUAGCUUUACUCAGUUAAAUUUGGGAAGCGGCGAUGAGCCUGAUAGCAAUGGAAACCCAACCACGCCCUCCGCAGAUACCAACGCAACGACUAAACUCUUCCAAGCCUACGAAGAGGAAUUGAAGCAAAACUCUUCUGGUGCAGGCCGAGCAAGCAGUAGCAGCGACAGCUCAACAGAGUUUGACAGUUGGGAAAUAUCCAUAAACCAGUUCAUUGCAACCGUUUUGGCAGUCACUUCAAUAGUUCAAGGCUUCUAUCAGAAAACCCCAAUUAAAGAGAAGAUAGAAAAGAUGCAAAAAAACCGUCGUAAAUGUGUUAUCACAAAUUACUAAGUUCCAAAAAGGAUUCGUCCCGUUGACGAACAGGGAUUUGAAAGUCGAGUGAAAUAAAAAAACGAGAAUUGAGUAUUCAUAAAUAUAUAAUAUUAUUUGAGUGAUUUCCUAAGAAUAUGCAGUUCAAAUAACUGCAAUAUAGAUAUAUACACAUUAAUACAUAUUAUAUUGCAUACGUACUACAAAUAAAACAAAUAUAAAUGCCCGUAAACUUGCAUAAACGGAAACACUGUUUUAAGCGAAUUUGUGCAAAAAAAUUAUAUAUUACUUCUCACAUUGGCAAAUCACAUCUCGAAUUUAUAUGCAUGGGCUUCAACGUUAAGCUUCCGUUUCUAUUCGGCUAUAACGUGUAAUAAUAAUUUAAAAUUAAUUGUAAAUGCAGUAAUCUGAAGAAAAUCACUGAACAAACGUUUUUUGUAAAUCUGGGCCGUUCUUUUGUUAUUCUUAAUUUUUCAGUAGAUCAUUGUAGUCUUGAUAUAAGCAUUCAUUGUUUUAGGCUUAGAACCAUAAAAAAUUCUUUAAAAGUUGCAUUGUUAUAGAAAAAAAUAUACAUUUUUCCAUAAAUCUAAAUUAAAAGUAAUACUGUUUUACAAUGUAGGCCUAUAUGUACCUACACAUGAAGAAAGGUUAUUGUAUUAUAAUGCGCGAGAAAUUUACACACAUAGGCAUUCAUACAUAAAUAAUCGUAUGUAUUAAUAGUUAAUCAACCAAUAAAUACACCGAUACAUAUAAAAUGUAA